GUAGGAAGAAGCUCCGGGAAAGAUGGCGGCAGCUGCGGUUUGAAUUCCAGCGGCGCCGCCGGAGUCAGAACAAGAGCUGAGUUGGAGGGGGCGGGGACCUGACGCGGCUGUGGGGGGCCCCCGUGGCGCCAUCGCUGCUCAGACACCGAAGCUACCACUCCCUCUGAGUCUAUGAUGGACUCGGUGUUGGAAGAAGACGUCACCCUCCCCAGGACUCUCAGUGGCUGCAGUGGCCUUGUUCCCAGGGUACCAGAUGACCUGGAUGGCAUCAACCUCAGUGCUGGCUUGGGAAGUAGUGUCCUCCCAAAUGUGUCAGAAGAAAUGGUGUCUCCCACAAGAGCACGGAACAUGAAGGACUUUGAAAAUCAAAUCACCGAAUUGAAGAAAGAAAACUUUAACCUAAAGCUCCGCAUCUAUUUCCUUGAGGAGAGAAUGCAGCAGGAAUUUGAUGGCCCUACUGAACACAUCUACAAAACCAACAUUGAGCUCAAGGUGGAAGUAGAAAGUCUGAAGCGGGAGCUCCAGGAGAGAGAGCAGCUGCUCAUCAAAGCCUCCAAAGCAGUGGAGACCUUAGCUGAGGGGGGCGGCUCUGAAGUGCAGCGGGUGAAGGAAGAUGCGCGGAGGCAGGUGCAGCAGGUGGAAGAGGCCCUGAGCGCCAAGAUACUCCUUUUAGAAGAGGAUGUGAAAGCCGCCCAAGCAGAACUGGAAAAGGCCUUUGCAGGGACAGAAAUGGAGAAGGCUCUGCGGCUGAGCUUGGAAAGCAAGCUCUCAGAGAUGAAGAAGAUCCGCGAGGGGGACUUGGAGAUGGUGCUGGUCCUGGAGGAGAAAGACAGACUGAUUGAGGAGUUGAAGCUGUCUUUGAAGAGCAAAGAAGCUUUAAUUCAGAGCCUUAAAGAGGAGAAAUCUCAGCUGGCAUCUCCUGAUGAGAAUGUGUCAUCUGGAGAGCUCCGAGGACUUUCUGCUGCUCUAAGGGAAGAACACGAGAGAGAAAUGGAGGCUGCUCAAGUGGAGCGUCAGAAGGAGAGAGAUCGCUUUGAGGAGAGGAUCCAGGCACUUCAGGAGGACCUGCAAGAGAAGGAAAGAGAAAUUGCCAUCGAGAAGAAAAAUAGUUUAAAGAGGGAUAAAGCCAUUCAGGGUUUAACCAUGGCAUUAAAAUCAAAGGACAGAGAGGUUGAAGAACUUAUCUCUGAGAUCGAAGAGCUCAGCGCUGCUUUUGUUGAAGCCCGAGAGGCUGCGCAGAGGGAGGAGUUCCAGAGGUCGGAAGACUGUAAGCCUGCUCUGUCGGAAGAGGGUCCCCUUUUGGAUGAGAUGUAUGCGGAGAACCAGAGGCUGCGUAGAAACAUUAAGAAGGUCACCCAGGAGCUGAGUGACUUGCAGCAGGAGAGAGAGAGACUGGAGAAGGACCUGAAGGAAGCCCAUCGGGAGAGGAGCAAAGGGGACUGCACCAUCCUGGACCUUAGAAAUGAAGUUGAAAAGUUACGCAAUGAAGUGAAUGAAAGAGAGAAAGCAGUGGAGAAUCGUUACAAGAGUCUUUUGAAUGAAAGCAAUAAAAAACUACACAGUCAGGAGCAAGCCAUCAAACGCCUAAUGGAAAAUGCUAAUGAAAAGGACUUGUUGCUUCAGAAAUUCAAUGAAAAUGAUUUGGCAGUAAUACAGCAGAAUUGUUAUUUAAUGACCGCAGAUGACGUCGAGUUCAAGAGCAAAGGUUUAACAGAAAAAUGCCCUUCCCAACAGCCACCAGGCAGCACAGUCAUCUCUGAGGAAAAGCAACCAUCAGACUAUGAAGAACUAAUUCAGGUCUUACAGAAAGAGCAGGACAUCUAUACCCAUCUGGUAGAAUCUCUGCAGGAAUCAGACAGUAUCAACAACCUGCAGGCUGAGUUAGACAAAAUUUUUGCCCUGCGGAAGCAACUGGAACAUGAUGUACUUUCAUAUCAGAAUUUGCAGAAAACCCUGGAGGAGCAGAUCAGUGAAAUUCGGAGGCAGGAAGAAGAACCUUUUUCAUUUUAUAGUGAUCAAACAUCUUAUCUAAGUAUUUGCCUUGAACAGCACAAUCAGUUUCAAGUGGAGCAUUUUUCUAAAGAGGAACUUAAGAAAAAGGUCAGUGACCUCAUACAGCUAGUGAAGGAACUGUAUGCAGACAACCAGCACCUGAAGAAAACCAUUUGUGAUCGUUCUUGUGUGAGUUUCCAGGGAAAUAGUGGACUCGAGGCAGCAGGACAAACCAAGCUUCUGGCUAGCAAGGAGGACGAGAACACGACCAAAAUUGGAAAGGAUGACGAGCGUGAUUUCCUGAGUGACCAGCAUUUGGAGCAGAGUAAUGAGAUUUUGGAGGAUCGUUUCAAAGGGUGCUGCAAAAACGGUUAUUUAGAGUGCACAGAUUCAAGUAUUUUAGACUACGAUGGGGCCCACAAACCUGGUUGCCCUGGAGACCAAAACCUGGAAGAAGGCGCCGUGCUCGUGAACCUGCUUGCCCCUUUCUUCAAUGAGAAGGCCACAUUGCUGCUGGAAUCCAGGCCAGACCUUCUGAAAGUGCUACGCGAGCUGCUUCUGGAACGAAUAUGCUUGGCCGAGCAGGAGGUUUCUGGAGAACACCUUGAUGGUAAAACUGAGAAGACACUGCAGCACAUAGCUGUUCAGCUGAGAGGUGAACUCGGACAGUUUGUCCAACCCAAGUCGUUUUCCAGACCACGAGAACUGAAGCCACCUUGGGAGGCCCAGCUCGUAAAGGCAGGCGAGUUGUCCAAGGUGGAGCUGAAAGAUGCCUCAGCACAGACUGAGGCUGUAGAGGACAACCUGCUUGGAUUCAGGCAUGAGGGAACGAGAGAAGCUUGGGAAGAGAAACCCACCAGGGCCAGAGUCAGUGCUGAGCACCAGCCAGGGACCUUGUGCAGGAGGCCUGGGCAACUGGCCGUUCCCCCGUGUCUCCUCAGUGGGACUGAUAGAGAUACUAAGAAGUCCCGCCUGCCAGUCCUUAUAAAACCAUCCCGGUCAUUAGGGAAUGUAUAUCACCUCCCUGCUACCCAGGACGUGGUGGCCCAGCUGCAGCGCCAGAUCUUGAAGCUACAGGGGGAGCUGAAGGAGUUUAAAAGUCAUAAUAAGCAACUUCACCAAAAGUUAAAUCUGGCAGAAGCACUGAUGGAGGGGAGGCCAGUACCCGACACAACGGUACUGAACGACUCUGAGAUUUACCCAUCCAGUGACCUUGCCAUCUUGCCAGCAUGCAAAAAGAAUCCUGAAGAUUUUCUGGGCCCGACAUUGGUAGCUACUUAUGUGAGAUCUAAGAGUCAGCCUUCCAUUAAAGCCAGUGUGGUUGGGACUGACCAAUAUGAGGACAUUGAUACCUUAAAUGAUACAGAACACUUAAAACAGAAAAUCCACAACUUGGAAACUGAGCUAGAGGGCUACCGGAAUUUCAUACUUCAGCUUCAGAAGCACUCCCAAUGCAGUGAGGCCAUUAUUACAGUUUUGUGUGGGACAGAAGGGGCCCAGGAUGGUUCGAGCAAGCCCACGGUCAAUACUGAUGAAGAAGAAAUGACCUUUUCAAGUUUGCACCAGGUGCGAUACGUGAAGCACAUGAAAAUCCUCCAUCCGCUGGCCCCCGAGAUGAUUGAUGGCAGGAUGCUGGAGAGCCUCACACAGCAGCUGCUACAACAGGAGUACGAGCUGCAGAAGGAGCAGAAUUUGAACAUGGAACUUUUCAGUGAAAUCCAUAACCUGCAGAAUAAGUUCAGAGGUCUCUCACCCUCAGGAUACAAUUCAUUAGUUCAGUCCCAAGCCAGGGAGCUCUCCCUUCAACGGCAGCAGAUUAAGGACAGCCAUGGUAUCUGUGUCAUUUACCGUCAACACAUGAAUACGAUGAUUAAGGCGUUUGAAGAGUUACUGCAGGCCAGCGACGUGGAUUACUACGUGGCCCAGGGUUUCCAGGAGCAGCUGAAUCAAUGUGCUGACCUGCUAGAGAAAUUGGAAAAGCUAUUUCUCAUCGGAAAAUCAGGUGGAGUAGAAAUGAGCACCCAGAAUGAACUGAUGGAGAGCUUAAGGAUCGAGGAAGACCGCUCAUCCUAUCAACAUAUUCUACCUGAAUCUCCCGAGCCUUCAGCCUCUCAUGCAUUGUCUGACUGUGAAAUAUCUGAAAAGUCCUUCCUCUCACGAGACCAGAAGCAAGACAGUGAGACUGAGAAGACUUCUGCUGUGGUGAACAAUUUUUCUCAAGACUUAAUAAUGGAACAUAUACAGGAAAUUCGAACUUUGAGAAAACGUUUAGAAGAAUCGAUUAAAACAAAUGAGAAGCUCCGGAAACAGCUGGAACGGCAAGGAGCUGAGGCUGGUCAAGGUCCUACAAACAUUUUUGCAUCUGGUUCAGAGCUGCAUAACUCUCUAACAUCCGAAAUUCAUUUCCUGAGAAAGCAAAACCAGGCCCUGAAUAUAAUGCUCGUUAAGGGAUCCAGAGAUAAACAGAAGGAGAAUGAAAAAUUACGGGAGUCCCUCUCCAGGAAGACUGCGAGCCUCGAGCAUCUUCAGCGGGAAUGUGCCAGUGUGAAGGAGGAAAACGAGAGGCUGCAGAAGGAAGUCAGUGGGAAGGAGAGACACAGCCAGCAGCUGCUCAAGGAGGUCUGCAGCACCCGCAAGAAGCUGAGCAGGGUGCAGGAGGAGAUGAGGUUGAGGCAGCGGCUGCUCUCCCAGAACGACAGUCUACUCCAGUCCCUGCGAGUGGAACUGAAGGUGUACGAGAAGCUGGAUGAGGAGCACAGGAGACUGAGAGAGGCCAGAGAGUCGGGAGAAGGCUGGAAGGGGCAGGAGCCUUGCAGUGACCUGCACGGCCUCCUGACCGAGAUCCAGGACCUGCGGGCACAGCUGGAAGGGAGCAUCGAGACCAACAGUGCGCUGCAGAACAGGCUGGAGGAGCAGCUGGCCAGGGGGGCAGAGGAGGCAGAGGAAGGAGCCCUUGCUCUGGCUGUCCAAGCGCUGGCCGUCCCCCAGCAGUCGCUUCAGCUAGACAUACACGAUGGUAACAAAGGUCUCAUGGCAAGUGAUAAUUCAUUUGAUCUGUUUGAUUCUGCUCAGGCAGCGACACCAAAAUCAGCUUCAGAGACCUUUCCAUUCUCUGGGAAUGACGUGGACUCCCUCUCCUGUGACAGUGGCAGCUCAGCCAGCCUCCCAGGUGUGUCUCACCUGGUCACUGACUCCCACCUGUGGGCCAGCAAGGAUGGCCACCAUGUCCUGGGCCUGAUUGAGGACUUUGAGGCUCUGUGCAUGCAGAUUGGCCAGGCCCAGAGGCUCCUUGCCCAAAUGCACAUUCAGACCCAAGAGGCUGUUGGCCCUACGAGUGAAGAGCUGGCAACAAAGGGUCCACAUUUGGUGCUGCUAAGCAAGUUUAUCACCCAAGUGAGCGAAGCCAAGCUGAUUCUGGAUGAGGCCUCCAGGCAACUGCAGCUUCUCUGGAGAGUCUCGCUUCCCACAGAUGGCCAGUGUGGCCUUCACUGCGGGCAGAUUGGAGAAUUGAAAGCAGAGAUCACCGAACUGCACAAAAAAUUGUCUGAACAAGAAAAGAAGUUGCAAAACACUGUGCAGCUUUUGCAGCUGAGCAAGCACCAGGAGAAAGUCAUCUUUGAUCAGUUGGUCGUAACCCACAAAAUCCUUCGGAAGGCCAGAGGAAACCUGGAGCUUAGGCCCGGGGGCCCCCAUCCAGGAACAUCCAGCCCCAGCCGACCAGGCUCCUGAGGAAAACUUGCAGCCAAUAAAGCUCGUGGUCCCCCAGAGCGUGCACUGCCUCUUUGUUCCAAGUGUGGUUCCUAUUUAUUGAGGAAGAAAGAGCUGUCUGGCCAAAGGAAAUCUAUUUUUCCUUUAGUGUUUUCUCUGUGAAAGUCGGCUUAAAGAAUUGUUGUCAAAAAGGUUCAGAUGCUCGGCAGUGAGGUGUUAAAAAGGCCUGUGCUCCCAGACGCUGCAUUUCAGACCUGGGGCAGGUACCAGGAGCUGAGGGGGCGUCAUGCCCUCCCCGAGAUUUGCUCAGUACUCAGCCAGCACUGCAGUUUGAAGAUUCUCAUUAAAUGAUUCAUUUCAACUUGAUAA